AUGGCGAAUGUCGAGUCUCGAAGCAAUGAAGCCACUUCUGAUCGGUCGAGUCGUCGACAAAGAGCGCCCCGGGCAUGCCUUUCCUGUCGAAAGAGGAAGGUGCGAUGUGAUGUUGCGACCAGGGGCCAGCCGUGCACAAAUUGCUCCCUCGACCACGCACCCUGCGAGGUCAAGCGCAGACAGCAGCGCAGGCAGUUGGACGUUCUUAUCACUCCACAGGGCAUCCCCUUGACUCCGACUGCUCCACCGAUUGCUCCAGCUCCAAGGUGCAAUACAGCACAUGUGUCUGGAAAGUCCACCGAGUUGCAACCGAAUCCUGCUGAACGGCGACGCCCAGAGACAUCAGGGGACGACGAUCAACUCGCUUCAUUCCACUUCCGCACCGAGGACAAUACCGCACACGAGUUGUUCUCCCGUAUGAAGCCGCGUCCCCAGCCAUACAAGUUUCUGAAUACUGAAGCCACCCUUUCGUGCAAUUCAGGAAUAGAUACCGCACUGACCAGCGACCUUGCAACCGACAUCGAACCAGGAAUAGGGCCGUUCACAAAUUGGACGAAUUAUCCUUUCAUAUGUGCCAAAAUAGACCCCGACCUUCCCGACUGUGACUUGAAUCUCCUGCAACAACGGGGUUGUCUAUCAAUACCUGUCCGCGGGCCACUGAAUGAGCUCAUCCGGGAAUACUUCCUUCACGUUCAUCCGAAUCUUCCGGUAAUCAACGAGGCCGAUUUCUGGGACACAUAUACAAACAGCCGGCCAGAACCGAUUCCCCUUAUGCUUUUCCAGGCGAUGCUAUUUGCAGCAUGCAGUUUUGUCGGCCACGCGUGCAUCAAACGCUUGGGCUUCAAGUCUCUUCGUGCAGCACGCCUCGCAUUCUAUACACGCGCAAAGACGCUGUAUGAUCUUGAAAUCCACUCCGGCGACGUUUGCUGCGCUCAAACAGCUUUGCUUCUUACCUACUAUGUCUCACCGAGGAACCCCAAUAGCAACUCAUACUGGCUGACCGUUGCCAUUCAUCAUGCUCGAGUGAUACACGCUCAUCGAUACUACGAGCUGAAACAUUACGAAAAGGCCAACUUGCUGAAACGAAUCUGGUGGGCCUGUGUUUGUCGCGAUCGACUCCUGUCCCUGGGGCUAAGGCGGCCGUUCCAAAUUAGUGACCAUGACUUUGACUUUACACAAUCCCCGCUGACUGUGAGCGAUUUCUCCGAUGAGAUACAUCGCUCAUUGGUAUACUGUGCAAACACCAAGCGAGUGCUCAUACAACUGCUCUAUUUCCAAUGCGAGCUGUGUGUCGCCCUGACCGCUGGACUUACCCUGUUGUCGCCUCUUACUGCGGCCGCGAUCGUUCACCAGGAUAACCUGGUAAAUGGUAUUGAUGAGCUCGCCAGGUGGUAUGACCAUACUCAGGGGCAAUUAGAGUAUCUCACUGAUUGGGGAACCGAGCAUGACUCUACCGUUCUCUACCGAAAUCUUCUUCUAAUCUACUACUAG